UGAAUCGGGCUGUAAAUCUGGCGAAAUGUCACCGGGGGCCGUUUGUCCGUAGAAUGCGCCGGUGGCUGCGGCCGUCCGUCACGAGAUGCUGAAGGAAGUCGGCUGCGGGAGCAGCACACCCCCGCCAGGCAAUGGUGCCGUCAGCGGCCGGCAGAUCGGCACCGGCGAGAACAACUCCGACGGAAGCCUCGGCUGCGGGGGAUGCGGCAGAGAGAUAGCCGAACGGUGGUACCUGAGGGCUGCCGAUCGUGCGUGGCACUGCGGCUGUUUGCGUUGCUGCCAUUGCCGGGUGCCGCUGGCCGCCGAGCUGACAUGCUUCGCCAGGGAUGGCAACAUCUACUGCAAAGAGGAUUAUUAUAGAUUGUUCGCCGUGUCGAGAUGUUCUCGAUGCCGGGCAGGCAUCUCCGCGUCGGAGCUGGUGAUGCGCGCGAGGGACCUGGUGUACCACGUGGCCUGUUUCACUUGCGCGUCCUGCGGCACCCCGCUGAACAAGGGCGAUCAUUUCGGGCAGAGGGACGGCCUGGUCUACUGUAGACCUCACUAUGAGUUGCUCUGCUGCGCGGGGGAUUACGGGAGCGGAGCCGGCAGUAUCGAGGACAUCGGUUCACCGGGGGUGUCGCCGCUUCCGGCUUAUUACAGCGCCGCUGAGCAGAGCCCGAUCACCACUUCCGGCACGGUGCAGAAGGGUCGCCCUAGAAAGAGGAAGCUGUCGGAAGUCACCGGCGCUGAACUACCCGUCACGAUGAGGCUGGCUGCUGGCGCUCUCGAACUACUCCAUCCUACCGAACUGUCUUCGUCCAUGGAAUCCCUGGCAGCGUAUGACGCGUCUGUCGGGUCACCGGGCCCCGUGCACCAGAGCCAGCGAACAAAGCGCAUGAGAACGAGCUUCAAGCAUCACCAGUUGCGAACGAUGAAGAAUUAUUUUGCUAUAAAUCAGAACCCCGAUGCGAAGGACCUCAAGCAACUGGCGCAAAAGACGGGACUCUCGAAGAGGGUGCUUCAGGUCUGGUUCCAAAACGCCCGCGCGAAAUGGCGACGGAACAUGAUGAGGCAGGAGGGCAACACGACGUCGGGCAACGUGGGGUGUCCCGGAACACCGGUGCCCUCGAGCACGGGCGGUUCACCGAACGUGGGACCGUCGGCCAGCAUCCUGGGGGACAGCAACAGCAUGCCAUCGACCUCGAUGGAGGAGCUGCACGCUCUUCAUCACCUACAUUCCGGCGUUUCCUCUCAGGUCUCGUUCUCCGAUCUUUACUGACGACGGCUUGAGAUGGAGGAAGACAGCUAUAGCAGCCUUUCCAGCCAUCUUGGAUGAAGGAUCGCCGCGUCCCUUCUUUAGGAUCGACUCUCGACGCGCUGUCUUUCGGGGGAGGGGAAACACGGUCGUUCCAGGAUCCGCUCGGUUUUCUUUCGCUCCUAUUUUCUAUUUCCGAGGCUCACCGCCGUGGAACAGUUGGACUCCGUUUUGUGUAGGUCCCGGGGACGACGGGAGACUGUGUUUUUAUUCGGGUUUGACAGGACUUCUCUCCUGAACAGCAUGGCGGACGAGAAUUUUGGCGAACGGACUCGCUGAACUGCUGACGACCUUCCUGGUGAGUAAUCGCAGACCUCGCGAUCUCGAUGUUCGAAGUUCGCGAAUAUCACGCGCACGAGAGCCAUUUGUUCGUACAAACUUGUUAAAUAUUCACGGUUAUCGCCGUUCGUUUCGACCGCCAUUGGACAGAUCUUCUCAGUACCAAACGUCAAUCGUGCUUAACAGGAACAAACGACCAUUCAUCGAUCACGAGCAUUAUUUCGAGUAAACAACCGCGAACGAUCGAUCGAUCGGAUAACGCAGCGAGACGGUAGACUAGCGAAUCAAAAUGGAGGUCUUCCACAUCCAAUCGUGUAGUAAAAAGAAAAGAAAAAUCUCACCAGGAAACUGUCAGGGAUCGCGACCUGGU